CCAGAGCUGCCGGGGGUGGGAGGGGAGAGCCCACUGCCCAGCCCGGCCCGGCCGCUGCCCGGACCCCCGAGGCGACCAUGGCCACGGACGAGCUGGCCACCAAGCUGAACCGGCGGCUGCAGAUAGAGGGGGACGGCAGCGGCGACGAGGGGCCGGGCCCGGGGCCGCCCGGGCUGAACGGGGCGGGGGCCGGGGGCCAGGGGGCCGGAGGGCCGGGGGCCGGGGGGCCGGGGGCCGGAGGGCCGGGGGCCGGGGGCCCGGGGGCCGGAGGGCCGGGGGAGCCGUGGGGCAGCGCGGACGACGAGCUGAGCGCCAAGCUGCAGCGCCGCGCCGACCUCAACCAGGGCAUGGGCGAGCAGCAGAUGUCGCCCAGCAGGCGGGCCUUCAACCCCUACACCGAGUUCAAGGAGUUCUCCAGGAAGCAGAUCAAGGACAUGGAGAAGAUGUUCAAACAAUACGAUGCAGGGAGGGACGGUUUCAUCGACCUGAUGGAGCUGAAACUGAUGAUGGAGAAGCUGGAGGCCCCCCAGACGCACCUCGGGCUGAAGAACAUGAUCAAGGAAGUGGAUGAGGAUUUUGACGGCAAACUCAGUUUCCGGGAGUUUCUGCUGAUUUUCCGCAAAGCAGCCGCGGGAGAGCUACAGGAAGACAGCGGCCUCCACGUCUUAGCUCGGCUCUCAGAGAUCGACGUCUCGACGGAGGGAGUCAAAGGAGCCAAAAACUUUUUCGAGGCCAAAGUGCAGGCCAUCAACGUCUCCUGCCGUUUUGAGGAGGAGAUCAAGGCUGAACAGGAAGAGAAGAAAAAGCAGGCGGAGGAGUUGAAGCAGAGGAAAGCCGCCUUCAAAGAGUUGCAGUCAGCCUUCAAGCAGUGAGCUUGAGGGGCGGGCAGGAGGCUGGCCGGGGUCGGGGGGUGGGGGUGGAACCUGACAGGGACUAGAAUCUGCAAAGACCCGGCCCCCGUGCAUAAGAAGAAAAAGUUGAUGAGGUGGGUAGAAAGGCAGACGCUGGGUGGCUUUCCCAUCACUGGGAGCAGCGUGGGCCAGUGGAAAAACUAUGGGCCUGGGGAAGGAGAGGACCUGGGUUCUAAGGCUGGCUCCACCACUCAUCCACUGUGUUACCUUGGGCAAGUCGCUUCAC